GAUCACAUACGCUGCUCUCACACAUACAUGCGUGUGUCUCCAAUGACAGACGGAGCACAUGCUUGCUCUCUCUCUCUCUCUCUCUCUCAACCUGUCAGAGAGAUGUGUAUGUGUGUCUGUGUCUCCUCCCCCUCUCUCUCAUCUCUCACUUCUCUCUUUCUCUUCCAUCCCUUCAUUCUUCUAUUCUCUCCUGAGUGAACGGAUACAGGACGGCCACCUGUCUUCUUUUCCUCUCUGUCUCUUUCUCUCUCUCUCUAUGUUUGUGGCUCUGUUCUGGAUUAUCGAGUAGGAAUAUCUCUGGAGUUCUCUCAUCGGUGGACAGCAUCAUCUCUCAUUGUGUUCUCAGGACUCUCUCUGAUUUUCAUGGGAAAGACACUGGAGCAGCACCCGAUGUACCCGCACUACACCUGUUAUUACCCACCAUACACACACAGCAAGCCCUAUGCCCCUCACCCUCACCCAAUGGCUCUGCCCAGUCCAGGCAACUCCAGCUGUAGUCAGAGUGCUGUGGAACAGCUCAGUAAAACCAACCUGUACAUACGAGGACUUCCACCUGGAACUACCGACCAGGACCUCAUCAAACUCUGCCAACCAUAUGGGAAAAUUGUGUCUACAAAAGCCAUUCUGGACAAGAACACAAACCAAUGCAAAGGUUAUGGUUUUGUGGAUUUUGACUGUCCGUCUGCAGCACAGAAGGCCGUCUCCUCUCUGAAGGCUACAGGUGUACAGGCACAGAUGGCAAAGCAGCAGGAACAGGACCCCACUAAUCUGUACCUGUCUAAUCUGGCCGUCUCUAUGGAUGAGCAGGAGUUGGAGGCGGCGCUGAGACCUUUCGGUCAUGUGAUCUCCACACGGAUAUUACGAGAUGCCAACGGGGUGAGCAGAGGGGUCGGAUUUGCCAGAAUGGAGUCCACAGAGAAAUGUGAAGUUGUCAUACAACACUUGAACGGAAAUUUUCUCAAAACGCCACCAGGCAUCCCAGCUCCUUCUGAGCCACUGCUGUGUAAGUUUGCUGAUGGUGGCCAGAAAAAGAGACAAACUCCACAGAACAGCCGAGUGUGGAGAGAAGAGACAGGAAUGACACUCACACACGAUCCUGCUGACAUGCAGAACGGGUUGUACUCUUCUCCAUACAGUAUCACUACAAACCACAUGAUCACUCCAUUUAUCACCGCUUCCCCUGUUUCUACAUAUCAGGUUCAGAAUUCAGUGUGGAUGCCACAGCAGCAGUAUGUUAUGCAACCAACAGGUGCGGUCGUCACUCCGGCGUUAGAACACACUGUUAUAUCAGUGCCGCCAGCUGCUGUGACGACUCCACUAACACAACAGAUGAACCAGCUCACACUGGGAUCUACUGCUAAUUACAUCACAGCUCCUAUGCAGGGAACAUUCAUCCAUCAGUUCACACCAGUGCCUCCAUCUACACUACCUGCAGAGGCUGUUGUAACAGAAGCCUCGUCACAGACGCCGGCUCUCUCCUCACAAGAUGUCCACACACAACAACAACAACAACAACAGAUCACCAUGGAAACCAGUGACCACAUUCAACCCUGCUCCUACAACUCCAAGUGCGCACUGCACCCUGUGAACUGUACACUACACCCUUGAGCAUCUUGUGAUUUUAUUGCUUGCUUGUCUGUCUCUCAGUUAAUUUUCUCUGUUGUCUCGUUGUGUUGUGAUCAGAUAGCAUCUUGAGGGGAUGAAUGCAAGUUCAAUUGCCUUCUGAUUGAAACGAGACACUCAGCACUUAACACAAGGCAAGGAAUUUAACUUCCAGGUGACAUCAGCACCAAAAAUUGAGACUUGUUUAGUUUGCUACCUGGACUAAAAAGACUGAAGCACUCAGCAGUGUCGAUGGUAAAGGUGGUAAAAAUCUCAUCUUUGUCCAUUGAUUUCUGUCAGUUUUGUAGGAAUUUGCAUUACAAUUUUGUGUUAAAUCUUGUGUUAAAUUUCACUUGGAAUCAUGUAUAAAUCAUUACGACUUGAUGACUUUUAUUCAUGACAAUGAAGCCCUUGUCUCAAGGAAAAUCUAUCAGAUUUUUUCCUGUAACAGAUUGCAUCUUUUACUUUUACAAGAUUUUUCACAUUUAAGUAAGAAAGUACAGCCAUUUGCUGCAUCAUGCCUCUAGAUUGUAUUUAUGUGUUCAUUUCUUUUUUUUUGUCACUUUUGAUUAUUUUACACACACUCAAAAAUAUGUUUUAGACUAUUUUUAAGAUUUACGCAUUUAAAUUUCAUGACAAAAUUCCAUCAAAUUGAA